AUGUUAAAAUAUCUUAUCUCCUUUGCGGCGUGGAGCUAUCUACCUAAUUUCAUCACUGGCUUGGUCCAGAGCACCUACUACCAACUAACAAUUCGAGUGGGUGAGGCGAAGCCGGCUCCACACACGCCCCAGUAUCGCAAUCAUCGACGCCGUAUUCAUAUGCUCGUACUCUCGGCCUACUUUAUCUUCAGUAUCUAUGAAGCCAACUGGGAGAUACAACGCCAGCCAACCUUCAACUCUCUCCUAGGUGUCGGCCCGACACCAAGCAAUCAAGAGAUAAAGUCGCGCUUUCGCCGUCUCGUCACCUCGCACCAUCCCGAUAAACUCGGUGCUCACACGCCUGGCGCUGAAGCAUACUUCGUUCAGCUCAGACUCGCCAAUGAUGUUCUGUUGAAUCCAGUCAAGCGCUUUGCCUACGAGCGAUUCGGUGCUGACAUACUCGCCUGUACGCGCUGCUCGUCUCGUCGGGACUUCAUCAUACAGGGCCUUGAAAGUAUCAUCCCUCACUAUGGCGGCACCAUCUUAAUCAUGUAUCUCUUGGGAUUUCUUGGAUACAUCAAAUCUGGUAUCCACUGGCGCUGGCUUGUGCUGGCUAGCACAGCCACCUUUGAGAUCUACACUAUAACGCGCCCCUACUUCCCACCCUUUCUCAGCAACUUCCUGAAUCCAAUUCUCAUGACCCUGACGCUCCAUCCACCCUAUCUCCCUUUUCAGCUCAUCCAACUCGCACAUAAAAUCAGCCUUAUCAUCUACAUUGCCCUAUCCCAAUUUAGCCUUAUCUUCCAAUCCACCCAAACAACCGAUUCCGAUAUAGAAAUCUCCCGAAAUCUAAAUUCUGCUCAAGAGAAAGUUAGAGCCAUCGAGAUAGAGGCGAAUCGCCUCUUAAACUUGGAAAUAUCACCUUUCAUUGACGAAGGUACACAUCCGAUCUUACAGAGUAAGAUGAAAGAAUGGCUCAUACAAAAUACGAUCAAGAUGGAUCCCGUGGUCCAAGAAGCUAUGAAAAACUCUAAUAGGAGCUGCAAAGAUAAAGUUGCCGCGGCUAUAUAG